CAUGACUUAGGUAAUGUCUUUUGGUACGACAACAACAGGCGCGUGAGGUUUGUGGAACGCAAAUAGAAAUAAUUUUUGUUUGUUUUUAGGUCUGAGAGCUAAAAUUGUACUCAACUACAAACAUUGUUAAUAACAGGGGGUUUGUUUUUGCGUGUUUUGUGCACCGUGGAGAGGAAACAAUAGCCUCUGGGCUCGCUCAUUCAUUCGGAGAAAGAGAGGCAACCUGAGAGCAGCAGCUGCUAACAAAAGAAGAAGAGCAGAACGCUGCUAGUUGCUAAUUGCUAGCUGCUCACUUGUUUUGUUGUGACUUAACAUUUCAGUUCACUGCAGAAUAACAUCCGAGUUUUCACAGUCAAGAGCAGAGAUGGCCGACAUGUACAUUCGCGUGGCUGAGGAGGAGAACGAAGAGCCGAUGGAGAUUCCCUCGGAGGACGACGGUACUGUGUUGCUAUCCACCGUAGCAGCGCAGUUCCCGGGCGCGUGUGGCCUGCGCUACCGGAGCCCGAUUUCCCAGUGCAUGCGCGGUGUGCGCAUCGUGGAGGGCGUACUGCACGCGCCGGAAAACGGCUGGGGCAACCUCGUCUUCUACGUCAACUAUCCUAAAGAAUCGGCAGACAACAAACGCAAAAUGGACGAGAUAGAUGGCUCAUCGGCAAAAAUCAAGAGGGGAGACCAGAAGACCUCGGAUCUGAUCGUCUUGGGCUUGCCGUGGAAAACUACAGAACAGGACCUGAAGGACUACUUCAGUACCUUCGGUGACGUAAUCAUGGUGCAGGUGAAACGAGAUGCAAAGACGGGAAAUUCGAAAGGCUUUGGCUUUGUUAGAUUUGCUGACUGGGAGACCCAGGGUAAAGUGAUUACCCAGCGGCACAUGAUUGAUGGGAGGUGGUGUGACUGCAAGUUGCCUAACUCAAAGCAAGGGUUUGACGAGCCAAUGAGGAGCCGGAAGGUGUUCGUUGGCCGUUGCACCGAGGACAUGACUUCUGAUGAUCUGCGCCAGUUCUUCAUGCAAUAUGGCGAGGUCACAGAUGUCUUCAUCCCCAAGCCUUUCCGAGCUUUUGCUUUUGUUACCUUUGCUGAUGACCAGAUUGCAGCUUCCCUGUGUGGGGAGGACCUAAUCAUCAAGGGUGUGAGUGUUCAUAUAUCCAACGCUGAACCCAAGCACAGUGGCAGAGGGCACAUGCUGGAUCGGGUCCGCUACGGGAAUGGUUUCGGUGCUCAGGCUUUUGGAAGCAGCAGCAGCCGCAGCAGCUCCAGCAGCCUGGGAAACUUCAGCAAUUUCAACCUGAACCCAGCCAUGAUGGCUGCCGCUCAGGCUGCCCUUCAGAGUAGCUGGGGAAUGAUGGGAAUGUUGGCGCAACAGGGUCAGUCAGCUACAUCUGGCUCGAGCGCGAGCGGCGCAAGCUCUGCUCGAGACCAGGCACAGUACAGCACAGGAAGCAGCAGCUACGGCAGCAGCUCAGCUGCACUCGGCUGGGGCGCAGGCUCUAACCCUGCUGGCAGUGCAAGUGGGUUUAACUCGAGCUUUGGCUCCGGUAUGGAGUCCAAGUCUACGGGGUGGGGGAUUUGCCAUCUGUGGGUUUUGCCUGGGAAGAAGGCCCUCUGUGGCAGCUCGCUGCGGCUGAGAUCAUAAUCCCAUCUUCCUCAUGUCUAAAAGCUCUCGUCGCUCGGCUCGCUGACACGGUGGGUGUGUCUUGUUUUUUUUUUUUUUUUGGUCAGCAUAUUUUUCUGAUUUCACAAGAACUGUACAGAAAGUGAACAUUUUUAACAACUGUUGAGUGCGCUUGGUGGUGGCGAAGAGUGAGCGAACGGAGAGAAAGGAAGGCAUGGAAGCGAGCGAGCGAAAAGACUGAUGCGAGUGCGAUGAAAGAGCUAAAAUGUGACUGGGUGGCGUUUGUGAGCGCGUGAAUGAGAGCUUGUUGACAUUUCCCAGCCUCACCUAUACACAACCCUGAACAGAUGGACCAUUAGUUUACCUGUACCUGAAGGAUUACAUUUUUCCCUCCUAGGCUUCCCAUUUUGCUUUUCUCCUAUCAUAUACUGACAAUGUGCUUAAAUAGCUAGUGGAAUGUUAUGAUUUUUUUUUUUUUGUCUUGCUUAUAUAAAACUGAUCUGAAUGCUGUAUGGUGUGUGUGCUUUUCCUUGUGAUUUGACCUGUAAGUGUGAACUUGUGGAUGACAUCUUCAGUGGCCACUGAGAGGGUGGGAGAACGAGUGAUUGUGUAAGUGAGACCUGUAUGUUGAGUGAUGUGGCUGUCUGUGGAAUGAAUUUCUUCUAAAUAACAUUUGCUUAAUGUUUAAAAAAAAAUAUGGUUUGUGAAAGGGAGUGCUCCAAUAAAACUUAAUUUGAAUAUCA